GUGUUCUAACAGGAAUAAUGGUCAGCACCAUCAGCACCAACAUCACCAACAGCAGUGUACCGGUCAGAGCCCUGUCUCACUGUUACCAUGAUGACAGCACCUUUAAGUACCUUGCCUACACCUGUACCUACAUCCUGGUGUUUCCUGUGGCCUUCCUCUGCAACACUGGAGCRCUGGUGGUCUUCUUCCAGAUCAGAAAGAGGAUCUCGGCCCCCCAUGUGGUCAUGGUGAACCUGGCCCUCUCAGACUGGGCCUUCUCCCUCACCCUCCCUCUCAGGCUGGUCUACUACGUGAGGGACGGGAUCUGGGACUUCCCAGACUGGCUCUGCAGAGUCUGUGUUUUUGGUUUCUACGUYAACCUGUACUCCAGCAUCCUGCUCUUCACUCUGCUGAGCGUGCUCCGCUGGAAGGCUGUGACGGCCCCCCUCGAUCACAACCCCAAAACUAUCACCCGAAGAACCGCCGCCGCCUGCCUCAUCAUCUGGCUCUUUGUUGGAGCCACUUCUGUUCCCUUCCUGUUCCAAGGUGUUCUAGAGAGACAGGGUGUGCGUCGCUGCUUUGAACCGGGCUCUGUGGAGUCCUGGUCGAAGAUCUACAUCAUGAAUUAUCUGGGUGUGGGUGUGGGCUUCCUCGUGCCCUUCCUCAUCAUCAUCUUCUGCUACAGUAAGGUCAUCCAGAACCUGAGAAACACUAAACAGGUCAGUGGUGACAUUCUGAGGAACAAGGUCCGGAGGCACAACCGAAGACACUCGGUCUACCUGGUUACCAUGGUCAUCGUCACCUUCCUGCUGUGCUUCCUGCCCUAUCACCUGAUCCGGACGCUGCACCUGCACGCUGUGAUUGGUCGAUGGAGCUGUGAGGUCACACGGCUGCUGCAGCGAGCCGUGUCRGUGACGCUGUGCCUGGCAGCGAGCAACAGCAUGAUCAACCCUCUGCUGUACUACUACGCCACCAGGACCUUCAGAAAGGACCUGAGCCAGGUCCAGACCUCCUUCAGGACCUACAUCCCAGAGUCCUUCAGGCGAGGCUCUGUCACUUCCAACAGGCAGGAUUCUCUCAGACACAAAUACAGCCAGGCCCACCUGAAGAACUGAACCUGACACAGACCCGUGGUCUUUAUUUAUAUGAAAACUUUAUUUAGAUAACACCUUUCACAAGCAUCACAGACUCCUGGUGCAGCA